AUGACCACAUUCUCUUCCAUCCCUCCAUACAUCCUCGGCGGCGCCUGCGUCAGCCGUGGUCUGAUGGCCCUCUACUCCCCACGAAAAGAAUAUGGCCAUGUCGGUUUACCGCUCGAAUCUCCAGCAGUACCUCAGAGCAACCCAGACCACGGUGGGGUAUCGCCGCUCAUGUACUUCAAGGGGCUCCGUGAGAUCUCGUACGGUCUCACGCUGAUGGUGCUGCAGCGUCAGGGGAACGAGGACGCUGUCACGACAUUUGCUGCGAUCCUAUCGGUCGUGAGGAUCGGCGAUGGUCUUAUCGUCUGGCUGAAGGGAGGAGAGGAGUUGAGAUGGAGGGCUAUGGGCCAUUGGAUCACUGGGGUUGGGUUCGUUGGACACAUUCUUCUCUGCAAGGGCCCCUUACCUCGUCCUCCAAAGGGGUAG